AUGAGUAUUCCCACAAGCCAUCUGUCCAGCUUGGCGAUGGUCAAUAGCCGACGACUGAACUUCACUUCUUUAUCUAGUCUGCAGCAGCUAACAGAAAUCAGAGGUGCCACAACUGCGAAGAAGACGGCCAUAUCGCGCUUGACUGCAGGAAUCCAAGAACCAUGCGGCAGGGCAGGUCAUGCGGUUACGGAUUGCGACUCGGGGAUUGAAAGUGCAUUUUUUGAAGGCGUGAUGGAGAUGGCUCGCGAGGAGCGUGAGAAGCGCGAGGGCCGCACUGUCCCCAGUGGACACGCCGUUCGUUACCGUGCUCAGGUCAUUCGCACCCAGAAACCUGUUUACGUUCCACAGCGUGGCCGUGUUCGGGGUGGGAGCUUUUACUAUCGCCCAGAUUAUCGCUGCUAUCGCCUCAAUGGAGCGCGCGACAAGCAUCGCAAAUCGUCUGACGACAAAGGCGGAGGGAAACAAGCACGGCGUACUGCUACCAAUAGCACUAAUGACACUGGAAUAACUGUCUCUGCUUCAGCAACGGACGCAAUUCAUUCCCCUGAUAUCUCAAUACGCGGAGGACCAGACUGUGUAGAUCCUGCGCUGGUUAAUUGGUACGCCAAUACCGCUAAGCAGGAUGCCGACUUGGGCGAGACCGACAGGCUGAAGAAAUGA